AUUGACGUAAAUCGCGCGAACAAGAGAUUGCGCGGGUAACACGGCCGACCUGUGAACUGUAGAAUAUUCCUAUAUCUGCCAAAGUUUACGGUUAUUUUACCUUUUAUUUGCCAAAUCUCUAAUCGGAGUUGUUUUCUCGCCGACAUCUACUACACGCCGCUCAAAAUUCGCUCUACCGGCAGCCAUGUAGAGCUUUCGGCACCCGGAGACGCUAUCUGACAACACUCGAAGGGUUCCCAAAAUGGAUCCGUCUACUCUGGCAAGCUUGAAAACGGCCGCUGUGCUUUUGGUGAAAACGGUGGAGUGUCCCAUAUGUUUGGAGGUGCUUGCAGACCCCUUAUGCACCAACUGCCACCACCGUUUCUGCAGGGCCUGCAUAGAGAAAGCACUUCAUGGGAAAUACAAGAUUCCCUGUCCCCUCUGUAAAGCGGUGGUUACAAAAAGGAGCCUUCUGAAAAUCGAUCACAUUGAACAAAUUGUUGAGAAGGUGAAGCAACUCUCCAAUGCUAUAAGGGAAGACACUGGAUUCGACGCAUCGCCACCCCGGCACUCCCGCAUGACAGCAGUGGCGUCUCCAGAAGGCCACCUUUUCGAGGAGUUUGGGCGUGCUCAUCCGUCACCCAUGAAAUGUUACGGAAGAUCCAAAAGUGCAGCAACCGCUGUUGCAUUGCGGAGGAGCAAAAGAGCAGUUUCAGUCAACAGUGAUUCGGAGGUUGUUUCAAACACCACAAAAAGGUCCAGAUCCACUUCUGAUAUAAGAUCUUACAAAGCAUUGGAAACCUCUGGAAUCAAGCCACUGGUUAACACCAGAACCUCCCAAAGGCUACCCCGUGCCACCUCAAAUCAGCCAGCACACGAAGGUCCUCAAUUACAAGCUUCCUCGUCAGCAUUGCCAGUGCGGGGCCUCCUAAGGCGAGCCUCUGCCGCAGCUGAGAUGCCCUGCAUAAUCACAGCUGGCGAUAGCACAUCAUCAGUAUCCUCAUGUUCCUCCUUCAACCUUCAAGUUCGACAGCCUUCUGAAUCGCAGGCUGGAACCAUUACCCUGUCGGAUGGCAAUGCCGGCAACGAAAGCUCGACCAUCGGCGCAAUUAGUCAGAGUGAGAAAGUGGGAAACUGGCUACAGACUUGUGAAACUGUGGUUCCAGUCGUCAGUGCCAAUCCCAAAGAUCCUGUGUCGAACACCGGCAAGAACGAGACUGUCCAAGGUGCUCGAAAAUCUAUGCCCAACCGGUUUUUCACGACGUCCAAGCCGGUCAGAAAGCUCGGCAGUCCGGCAGGCAGGAAGAAGCUCUUGGAUGUCUCGGACAGCGACCCCUACAAAUUUGUUCCGAGUCAGAGGUCCCUCCAUGCAGCCGCACAGAAGGGGAAGAGGCGGCGGCCCAGGGGCGGUUGCAGGGGCACAAGGACUGCUCCCGCCAGAAAGACGAAGGCAAAGAGUCCGUUGAGAGGGUUCGAGAACCUGAGAGACUACUGUGCUGAGGAGGCAGCUGUAAAGAAUGGAGAUGCUCAGGAGCUGGAAAUUGAGCUCUUUGUCACCCCCGGUGACAUGCUCCAAGGCAACGAAGAUCAAGUUCCAAAAGCUCCACAGUCCAAGAAGAGGACCAUGAAGGACGCUUCGAGGAGGCAGUCAAAGAGGAUGAAGAGGAGCAUGCUAUUGCAGAAAACAGAAGAGGAGGCCAAAGAGCUGCAGCAAAAGAUCAAUGGAGCAGAAGGCUUCGAGCUGGCCGUGCUCAAAGAGACUUGGCCCGGGCUUCCCAAUAAGCCUAUUGCGGUUGCUGCUUUGAAAGAUGUCUCUAACCUGAGGGUACCUACCGAGAAGAGCAGUGCUCAGGGAUACCCCAUGUCACCCAAGCGGCCUGGUCGGGUGGAGCUUGGCUUUUCAGCACAAAGAAGUUCUGCGGAAGUGACUGCUGUACGUCAAACUCUGAACGACCGCACUUCGGAGCUUGAGCCAGGCCCCGACACUGAUAUGUCAAGGCCGGAGAAAACUAGCUCAUUAUCCCUGAACAAGAAACAAAACCACUUAAACGUCAAGAGGUCAUCAGAACCUAGCAUUUCGACUACUGCGCCAAAAGAGCUACCAUCAUACGAUAAUCUUUCUCGAGGACAUGAAGAGACUGAGGGUGAAGUAGUCAGCUCCAAGCCUAUUGGUAAUGAGCAUCAACCCAGUGAGUUACACACUGAAGGCCAGCUUAUAUACGACAACCACAUGGAAGAAAACCCUGAGAGUUUGCACAUUGAAGGCCAGGGUGCAGAAGACAACCACGUUGAAGAACACCCCGAGACUCCAGCAAUGUCGCUAAAGGAUCUCGAGGGUCUCUUCAAGAAAUCGAGCCGCAAAACGUUUGACAUCUCGGCAGACACGCAAGACUUAGAAUCGCUGAGCAGUGGCGCCCUGAGCACUCUGGAUCUGAUAAGCAACAUCUGCAAUGAGCUCGAGGAAGAGCCUAUUGCACGCCGAUCUCCUGCUGCUGCUACUGCCAAGGACAGCAGUCCAGCAGUGCCACGGAAGGAAGCCCUUCCCGAAAAACGGGAUAUCCUGCAGUCACCAGCGAGUGCCUCUAUUCCAAUAACAACAAUGUUGCAGGGAAGCACUAAAGGCAUGACCAGGAACCGUGCCGUGUCACAGGAGGCUUCUGACAUGCCAUCCAGCCUUGCAUUGGCCUCGACUGCUUCUUACGAGGAAACAUGUGAGGAGCUCGGGAACAGCGCAUCUGAACCAAGAGUCGAGACAUGCCUCAGCUGUCCAAACUGCACCACGGACAUUGUUGUCAGUUGGGUCAACGGGAUCACAAAAGUCACAUUGAAGGGAACAUCGCGAAAGCCUGUGCUUGUGGACGUUGGGAUGUGCACAGAGAGGCCCGGAAACAGGGUGAUUAUUUGCAAGGAGGCGGUGACUCAGACUGACAUUGUGGAUGUUAACCAGAGCUGCUCUGAAGCUGCUUUGAACCAAAGGGGCCAUCAAGAAGCACCUCCAGUUGCUGCACUUCCCGUACCGUCAAAUUCAGUUCUGUGUUCUGAAGUGUCCCCGACCAUCGAAAGGGAAGUUCAUGUUUCAGAUGCUUCCAACCAUGCCUCUACUAAAGAGAACAUCCCAUUGUUGGCCAUGCCUGAUGAGCUCCAUUCUAGAUCAGUCUCCAGUGACAAACCUGUGGAUGGUGGAAGCUCAGUUAUUGCCUUUAAAAAACCUUCUGAGAAUGUGCAGACCUGUUCAGUCAAAUUUACGGAUGGAAACGAGGCAGAAAUGGAGAAUGUUCAAGCAGAAGUGGCUGAAGUCACCAGCGUGAGUGAGACUCGGAGGGAUGGGCAGUCGUCUCCCAAGCAGAACAACGAGGAUUCUGAAGUGAUAUGUGAUGAAACAGAAGAGCAAUUUCAAGUUUCCGAAAGACAGCUCGUGGACAAAGGCUUCCAGUGCCAGCUCCAGACCAUUAUCGAAGACUCGGAGCUGAUGGACGCAAGCCCCUUUAGCGAAAACGGUAGCCCGGACGAAGUUGCAGGAACUGCAGUAGGGCCUUUGGUGGGAGAGGUCGAAGAACCGGAACAUGGCAAUGGAGACUGCACGCAGAGCGGUUUGCAGUCCUCUGUUGAGGCAGCUUGCACGAGAGGUCAAGACGAGUCUCUGACAAAGAAGGCAGAGGAAUAUCACAUUGAACAAGCGGUGCCAAUGGAAUUUGGCUGCAUAGAAGAGGAAGUGAUGUCGGUGGGCGCGACGCAGCAACAAGUUCGAGAGGCCAGACCUCCCCCAUCGAUUGAUCGGAUGCAAAAUGAAGGUUGUUCCUCGAGAGCUCUCGAUGCUGGUUGCAGCGACGAAACCUACCUUCCCUCUUACGACCACUUCUUAGCUUCCCCAGAGGCCAGGGCAGACAAGCCACAUUCUAGAAGCUCCCAACCCAGACAAUCGGCAGCAUGUGCUGCAACCGUGUCUAUCAAUUUCAAUUCUAAAGAGCAAGAAAAUGUGAAGCACAGUUACUUGAAGACAUCGCAAGUUUCGCUUCAACUGGCACCUGCUGAAGUGCAUCGCGCCUCCUCGUGUUGCCAAGAAAAACACCAAAGUGUAACGAUGGUCUCGCCCGCAAAUGCUCCACAUGAUCCCACCGGUUACAAAGACAACAAGGGCUGCUCAGACGCCCAUCCUUUGCGAGCUGAGCUCUCUCCGUGGGCCUCUCCUGUGCAUUCCGGACAAACUGCCUCCAGUUUCAACAUUGACAUUCAAGACCAGCUGAAUAGGAACAGUGAAGAAAGCAGGGGUGAUGAAGCUGACUUCAGGACGUGCUCGGCGUCACCAGAAAAGCAGUCGGACGCCAGCAAAAGGAUCACCGGAGGGGAAAGGGAAAAGAGCACGUGCAUUUCCAAAACUUCUGAGAGAUCAGAAAAAGUGUUGGUCACGGUUGAAGACAGCGAUUCGGACAGUUCUGUGAUGCUCGAUCCGAUGACGGAAAGCGAGGCCAGUGAUCUCCUCCAGCGAGCUUUUGCCAUGGAGGAAGACAGUCCAGAUGAAGUUGCUCUGAACUUUGCAAAAAGGGCCGUUGCUCCGCUGCGAACGUCUGCACAGAAGCGCCUGUCACUGGAGUUGCAGCUGGUGGCUGAAAGACACACGCCACCCGACACGAGUGCUGCUGCCUUGCUAAAGUCGGUAGCUGUGCCUGCAAGUGAAAGAGAGGAAGCAGACAACACGGAGAACACCGAAGGACCCAGUACAGUCACCGUAUCCAGCACACUCUCCGGCGCACUGGACAGAACAUUGAAAGAGCAGCUGUUGGAGCAAGACAUUCAGGAAAUGAAGAAGCAAAUGCUGAUGUUAGAAUGCGAGCUUCAGCGGACGACUGCCGGGAAUGGCUGCGUUGGAGACCUCAACCAGGAUGUUUUCAACGAUUCAGACUUCAAAGAGAGUGAGGAAGACGAGGCCAAGCGAAGUGCAAGUGUCCUCAACAAAGCUGCCAAGCCAACUGAACAAGGGAAAGAAGCUGGCAAGGCGGACAACUGGGACAACUGCUUCUCCGACAGCGACGACGAAAUGCCCGAUGUCGUCCCUCCAACGCCUCCCAGGAAGCUAAUUCUGAACAAAGAGCUCACUUUCAACAGGGGUGUGAAGUAGAAAAGGGACAUAACUUGCAGUAUGUGUAUGUAAAAAGACUGAAUGCAGUACUCGGGGCUCCUGCAUUUACAAGAAAAUGCCUGUUACAUAAGAAAGGAAGUUUUUUCUUGUUUUGUUACAAAAGUGUAAUGUUUCGUCUCUAGCAUGCCUCCACAGGUUAAUGAAGUUAUGACACACUAGAAAGCCUUUAGUAC